AAAACAGAAUAUCUCAACUCAUCCCGCAUUUUAUUCUGGAUAAAUAAAAUUGCGAUAAUUACUUUUAUUUUAUCGGACAAAUAAAAAUAGACGGAAGGAUUAUGUGAAAAAGAAAGACAGGGCAUAUGACCCGGUCCAUUUAUAGUAAAGGUAUCUGAGCCGGUCCAAUAUCGAUCUCACUGACUGCAAGCACAACAGUAAAUGAGGUACUGACUUUGUUUUGUAGAUCCGAAUAAGAAAGAUAUAGAGAAGAAGAAUUAUACGUGUGGAAGGUCUCCUUCAGCUCAACACACACACACACACACAGACUAUGUAGCAUGUACUUUAACAAGAAAACUCAUUGACUAAGCUAUAUUACCUUCGCCCCUUUUCCCAUUUGUUGGGCUGCUGCUACCACUUUGGAAACCAACUUAGCUUCUUUACUGAAGAACAGGUAGUAAAACUCACCAUGUACAAGCAGUCACCUGGUAGAAACCAUAGAUCCAAAGGGAUCAAGGUUAAGAAUGUUUUACAAAUCUGUCUGUUGCUUGCUGUUUGCUUUUGGCUGAUUUACCAGGUCAAGCACUCUCAUGAUAAAAAGAGAGAAUUUGAUGAAGAUGAUACUAAAUCUUCAACUAAGACUGAAAGUAGCAAUGAACUUCUGAGACUCGGAAGGAAAGAUCUACCCAGGAUUGAGGAAUUGGAUACAGUUAAUGGGACGCAUAAAGAGGAACCAGAAGAUGAAACAGAGGAAGAAGAAGAAGGGAAUAAGCAUGAGGGAGAAGAUCAAGAAGAGAAGAAUGACGAACACAGAGAAGAUGAGGUCGAUGAUCAUGAUCAAGAGAAGAAUGAUGAACACAGAGAAAAUGGAGAAGAGGAGGUUGAUGAUCAUGACGAAGAGAAGAACGAUGAACACAGUGAAGAUGGAGAAGAUGAGGUCAAUGAUAAUGAUCAAGAGAAGAAGAAUGAUGAACCCAGAGAAGAUGAGGUCGAUGAGCAUGAUCAAGAGAAGUCUGAUGUAGAGCUUGAUCAACAAGAGAAUAUUGUUGACGAAGACACAGAAAAAGGAGAAGAUAACGAGAAGGAAACUGAAGAGAGAGAUGCUGAAGUGAAUGAAGAGCAUUCACUGGAGGACCAUGAUCACGAUGAGGACUCAAGCAGUUCACAUGAGGCACGUGAAGAACAUUAUAAAGCAGAUGAUGCCUCAAGUGCAGUGACUCAUGAUACAGUUGUAACUACAACUGAAAAUGAGAGUGGUAAGUUAGAGCAAGAAGCAGAACAUGCUGUUGAAGCCAAGAGUGAAGUUGAUGUCAAUAACAUUAUGCAGCACAGUGCCGAUCAAAACACAACAGUGGCUUUGAAAGUGGAAGAUGGUAAAGCAGAUGGAGAAGACAGUCCUCCGAACAUAACAAACAGUGGAGAGAAGCAUGAUGACCCAAUCUCAUCCACUGCCACAGAUACUUCAGUUUCAAAUUCCACAAGAGCAGAAGGAUUGACUGAUAAUUCUGAAUCGAGAACUCAUUCGGCAGAAGCGAGCACACAACUGCAUGACUUAUUUCUACAGAAUGGAACCCAGGCAGCAAACCUAGAAUAUAAUGUUACAGUAGGGGAUGCAACGUCUGGAGGUUCCAACCUGUCAAUUAGUUCUUCACAGCAAAACGGCAACUCUGCAGAUACGGUGGAUGAUAACCGUAUCGCUAAUUUAACAUCUUCUAAAAAAGAUGAGUCGAACUCAAUCCCGGUCGAUUCUUCGAUUGUGUCCAGUGAUACGGAGCAUUCCCUGGCAGAAAAAGUCGUCCAGGGGAAUGCAACUGUUGAAGCAGUAGCUAAUGUGGGGUUGGCUUUGAAAGAUAACAAUGCAAUUGAGGAUGAGAAGGCAGAUACUACCAAUGAAGAAAUCGGAACUACAGAUGAAGGCGUGGAUGCGGCAAGUGUUGAGAAUUUGGCAGAGGUUCAAGAUGAUCCGAUUGAUACUUCUGAUUCGUCCACCCACUUGGAAGAGAAACAUAUCCGUACAGAUGUGGAAACUCUUCCUGAAAUACAAACGGAAGGAAACAUGGAAGAUGCUGCAGCGGAGUGAUACUGUAAAAUUAGUGCAGUAGUGUGUUUAGUUUUCUCGAUGAGAAUUCACACUUCCGUUUACUCUUCAGUUUCACAAAUGUGCAACAUUCAUAAGUUGUAGACCAUGUUAAUGUUCCAGGCAUAAUAUAGGUAAGAGUGAAGGGUUCCAAUUUGUAUAAUUGUUUCUAGCAUAUUUACUACUAGAGUAUCUUCCUUUUCAUUUUAAUCUGUUUUCUAUCCUGGUACUGAUUGUACUUCUGUUACAAAACUUGUGCAGUGUAUUAGAGCAGAUAUGCUAUGUUUUGACUUAGUGGCUUGAA